GGCUCAUAUGAGAAGGCAUGGAGAGCCGUCUUGGCUAAAUAAGGCUGGGUCUUGUCGUCAGUACGUGCCACAUCUGCAACAAGACUGUCAACCAUCUUCAGAAACACCUGGUCACCCAUAUGGGUCUAAAGCCAUUCAGCUGCGAAGUUUGUGGCAAGUCCUUCCCAGAAAGAUACAUCCUCACCAAACAUAUGAAAAGUCAUUCUACAGUCCGGCAUUAUGAGUGUAAACUCUGCAACAGUGCUUUCAAGAGAGGUGAUAAUCUCAAACGCCACCUCAAAGUGACUCAUAACGUUGAUCCCGAGAAAUAUGAAAUUAAAAAUAUCACAUCAACAAAAUCGAAAACCUACAUGUGUAAGAAGUGUGAUGUUAAUUUCACGGAUGAGGAUGAGUAUAAGCAACAUAAGAAAAGCCACAACGAGAAAGUGCCAGCUAUUUGCAGCAUGUGUGGGAAGCUGUUCACGAACAUGGUUCACCUCAAAAGCCACAUGAAGAUCCACGCGAAUUGGAGACCGUACAUGUGCGAAACGUGUGGAAAGACUUUCACAGAAAACAGUCAGCUGAAGAAGCACAUCCGCAUCCACACUGGAGAGAAGCCGUAUUCGUGUCAGUUUUGCGACAAAUCCUUCUCUCAAUCAUGUUCUCUAAACAACCACAUGAAGAGUCACCAGUUUGUUGGAGACACUCCCUUCAAAUGUCAUCUGUGUUCCGCAUCCUUCGCGUAUUGUGGCGAGCUGGAGAAACACAAGAGGGGCCACAUGGGGACUGAUGUGUUUGGUUGUGGCUUGUGUUGUAAAAAGUUCUCUCACCCAGAUGACCUCAAGCACCAUGUUGAUACCCAUUUGGAAAAGCCGUCUGAACUGCCAGCUGAUUUACCAAGUCAGUCUGGCGUCUCUAGUGAAAAUGUUACAACAGAGGACAUGUCCCUAUCCACCUGACUCUAUGGUUACCAUGUCCUAUGGGGCUCCUUUGGGAGGACCAACAGGAAACUUUGACAGUCAUGUCACAGGCAAUAUGACUGUAGGGGCAGACCUGAGUGGUCUGACCGGUCCUAUGGUAACAGCUCCUCCUGUUGCCAUGGUUACUGGUAUGGAACCGUGCAUGCCCCUCCCUAGAGCUAGCAUGACCCAGAGUAUGAACAUGCACCAUGUCCAGGCUUUGAUGAGAGAAGCUGAGAUGAUGAUACAAAAUGCUCAUCAGAAUCAGUGAGACAUCAAAGGUUGAUAUUGGUUGUAUUCAGUUCAUUGCUGACCACCAGGAUUGAAUAUCAGGGUUUGUCGUUACCAACCUUAUGAUAAAGACUAUGGUAUGGUGAGACAGUGGUCAAUAAAUAAACUGGUCCACUUGACAACAGACUUAGUUAUUCAGCCUGUUCUCUCUACAUUCAGUUACGAUACAUAACCUUAACACAAUUGCCACCAAAACUUAGUUUUAAGUCUGGUUUGGAUGAUGCAAUAAUUACAAAAAGCUACAUUUCAUACUUCUUGACCUUCCCUCUUUGUGUGCAGUCUAGCAAAUUCGAACAUUCUGAAUAGUUAUGAAAACUGUUUUUCCAACACUUAAAGUCAUUCUUCUGCUUUCAUGAUUAAAUGUUAAUUUAUUCAGUGAUUGUUCACUUGAA